AUGAGGGCACAGGGAUAUACGGCACCACCCAUUCUGCAUUACUACUGGAAAUCCCGGACUCCACCCAAGCUGCAGGUUUUCACCACCGCUGAAAUAUGUAAGAUUAUUGGGGCUGUGAUCUUCUCAUCAGAAGAGGAUAAUGGGGUGAAGAUUCUGCAGAGUUGGACAAAAAGAUUCAUCAACGAUUGUCAGCUGAUCAACCCUUCAACCAUCACCAACGAUGAAGACUGGAGGCCGGAUGUGGAGAAAUCCCCCAUAGUCAUAUUCUACUCUUCUUCAUCCAUGAGCUCCAUAGAGAAGAUGAAAUCUUACAUGGAAAACAACGUCUCCAGGAAAGGACACCAGGCAGUGAUUGUGGUGAUCAGGGACAUCCAGGACUCGGAGGAGAAGGUCAGAUCUGAGUUGGGGAUCAGCUGGUAUUCUGAGUGUGAACUGCACGUGUUUACAAAGACAGAAUGGCUUCUCCAAGACCCUCGACAACAGGUGAUGGCGAUGAAGAUAAAGACGAUCAGAGACUGUUUACCUGGAGGUUCUCAGAAGAUGAAUCUGAAUAAGGAACCCAAUAAUCUCAACACCUCUCAAAAUAGCAAAAAUGGUGCCACCUUCUUCAUCCAAGAGACCACCCAGGAGAAGAGCCACUGGCUGGAGCCGGUGCUGAGGACCAUUGACAAGGUGGAUUUUACAGUUACUGAAAUCUCAAAGAUUAAGAAGCUGUCAUACAAGGCGAAGGAGAUCGGCCCCAUCAGCUGCAUCCUGCACUUCAACAAGGAGACCUUCCAUAAGAUGACUAAGAAGGAGAACUCCGGAGAAACAGUGAUUGACCGCAAGAUUCUGCAGCAUCUGGGUAAAAAAGUGCAGACAGUGGUUGUUGUGGUUGAUGAUGUGGAUGAUGAUGGAUCAGAGGACGGUCUCCGAGCGCUGUAUAAUAAGACUCGGCUCAGCCGGUCGGCGCCUCUGGUCGUGUUCAGACGGGAGGAGAAGCAGGAGGAAUUUCUGGCAUAUUUCUCAUCUAACAACGAUGCAGAGGUGGCGGCCCAGGAGAAAUGGAGUAAACUCCAGAAAUCCAUCGAGACAAGAGUGAAGGCGCCACCCGAAACUGAAAAGACGGAAGUUAUUACGAAAUUCACGACUGUUGGGAUCUUCUCUCGAUCUUCAAACAUUGAUUACUCCUGGAUGGAUAAGAUGCUCAUGUCUCCAGAUCUACAUCUACCAAUCUCCGGGGUCAGAUCCUUUUGUAUUUCUAACAACCAAACGCAACAGAUUUUUGAAGAACUAAAUCUCUGCACCUUUGGUAUUUUGUAUCACACCAAGAACAGAGGCAGAGUAAACGUCACCGACGUGACGGACUCUCUGUACGAUGAAGAGCUGAAGGACAUGAGCUAUCUUCUGGGGAGGAAUAAUGUGAUUGUGGUGAUCGAUGAUCUGACAGACAACAGCUUAGAGGAAAAGAACCGGAUUCUAAAAUCUCAGCCUAGCAUCAAGGAAUAUGCCUACAAUCUGCUGCUUGUCACCGAGAAGGAGAAGAAAGACGAGCCACGUCUCCUGGAGCGACUGAGGGAGGCGCUGAUGUUCAAGGGUAAAGAGAAGGACUGCAGAGAAACUGUAGAGGAGAACAGCACAUCGCAGCCGGGGGACAAGCAGCCAUCAUCAGGUGAAGACGAGAAGAGCACAUUGCAGCCGGGGGACAAGCAGCCAUCAUCAGGUGCAGACGAGAAGAGCACAUCGCAGUCAGAAGACAAGCAGCCAUCAUCAGGUGUAGAGGAGAAGAGCACAUCGCAGCCAAUAGCUCCUGCAAGGAGGAAAAAAACAGACCCAGGGGACAAUCAGAUGAAAAAAAUAUUGGAGCCGCUGGCAGAAAACAAACAACCUGAAGAAAACUGCAGAGAACCUGUAGAGAAGAACAGCACAUCACAGCCAGAAGACAAGCAGCCAUCAUCAGGUGCAGACGAGAAGAGCACAUUGCAGCCAGAAGACAAGCAGCCAUCAUCAGCUGCAGACGAGAAGAGCACAUUGCAGCCGGGGGACAAUAAGCCAUCAUCAGGUGCAGACGAGAAGAGCACAUUGCAGCCGGGGGACAAUAAGCCAUCAUCAGGUGCAGACGAGAAGAGCACAUCGCAGCCAGAAGACAAGCAGCCAUCAUCAGGUGCAGACGAGAAGAGCACAUCGCAGCCGGGGGACAACCAGACAUCAUCAGGUGUAGACGAGAAGAGCACAUCGCAGCCAGGGGACAAGCAGCCAUCAUCAGGUGCAGACGAGAAGAGCACAUCGCAGCCAGAAGACAAGCAGCCAUCAUCAGGUGCAGACGAGAAGAGCACAUUGCAGCCGGGGGACAAUAAGCCAUCAUCAGGUGCAGGCGAGAAGAGCACAUCGCAGCCAGAAAACAAGCAGCCAUCAUCAGGUGCAGACGAGAAGAACACAUCGCAGCCGGGGGACAAGCAGCCAUCAUCAGGUGUAGAGGAGAAGAGCACAUUUCAGCAGCCAAUAGCUCCUGCAAAGAAGAAAAAAACAGACCCAGGGGACGACCAGAUGAAAAAAAUAUUGGAGCCGCUGGCAGAAAACAAACAACCUGAAGAAAGCAAGAACAAUACAAAUAAAAAUGUGAGCAAAUCAGAAGGGAAGGUCAGUAACCGGGACUCUGAGAAGAAGGCGAAAAGCAAAAGGCACUCUAAGAAGGAGCCAGAGAGUAUACAGGAUCCUCAGAAGGAGCUGACAAGGGACUCUAAGAAGGAGCCUGAGAGUAAACAGGACUCUGAGAAUGAUCAACAUUACUACAGCUCCCAGCUAUAA